UUGUCUUAGCUCAGUCCACCAUGUCUGUUACUGGUAAACGGGAACAAGUGACACAAGAAGCACUGAGUGGGGGGGGGCAUUUCUGUGAAAAGACCCCAAGGCAACAAGCAGGCAGGAAUGUUCUCUCCGGUUGGUGGAAAGGAUCAGAUGUCCCCAGCUGUGGGGGGGGCGGGGGGGCUGGUAUAAAAGCACCGAGCUGCCAGCUCUCAGCCAGAAUAGAUGUCAGCAUUUCACAAGUGACAGCACACACUAAGGAUACGUCUGCAGAGGCUGACCUUUAUUUUGAAGGCAUCACAGAGUGAAGCUUUUAGUUUUGUGGUCUAACCGUAGGCAGAAACAUUUCCAUUAUGGACGUUCAGAGGACCGGAUCUGUGGUCCGACCCCCGAGCCCCAUGGAUAGCUUUGAGAAGCAGCUGAGCUGCCCGAUCUGCCUGGACAUGUUCACCAAACCCGUGGUCAUCCUGCCCUGCCAGCACAACUUGUGCCGUAGUUGUGCCAGUGACCUCUACGACUCACGCAACCCUUACCGCUUCUCCGGGGGCGUCUUUCGCUGUCCCACCUGCCGUUUCGAGGUCGUGCUCGACCGCCACGGUGUGCACGGGCUCCAGCGUAACCUCCUGGUGGAAAAUAUCAUCGACCUCUACAAGCAGCAGCAAGAAGGCAGCAACAGCGGAAGCACCGACACCACCCUAAAGCCCAAAGAAUCCAAAGAGCCGAUGUGCCAAGAACACGAGGAUGAGAAAAUCAACAUCUACUGCAUGACCUGCCAGAUACCUACCUGCUCCAUGUGCAAAGUGUUUGGCCAGCAUAAGGACUGCGAGGUAGCACCUUUAGCAAGUGUUUACCAGGCCCAGAAGGCUGAACUGAGUAAUGCUAUCGAUACCCUAGUGGCCAGCAAUGGCCGCCUGCAGGCCCUGCUCAACCAGAUGGACGAUGCCUCCCGUGCUGUGCAGGACAAUGCUCAGCAUGCUAAGCAAGGGCUGGCUGAACGCUUUGACCUGCUGUAUGCCGUCUUGGAAGAGCGCAAGGCCAUUCUCCUCGAGCAGAUCGGUAAAGAGCAGGACGAGAAGGUGGCGGCUCUGCGGGCCCUGGCUCAGCGCUACGGUGAGCGACUGCAGGCCAGCACGGAGCUCACAGACACGGCGGUGAGGGCGUUGGAGCAGGGCGGCGCUGCUGAGUUUCUGUUGGCCUCCAAGGGCCUCAUCGCAAAGACCAAAGACGCGGCUAAAUGCUCGCUGGGCGAAGAGAGGCCAGAGCCAGGCUUCGAGAAGAUGGACCACUUCACGUUGUCGACAGAGCAGGUCGAAGCGGUCCUGGAAAAAAUGGACUUUGGCGUGGGUGAAGAUGAUGAAUUUGAGGAUGCGGAAGAGGAAGAGGAGGAGGAGGAGGAGGAGGAGGAGGAGGAGGAAUAAUGAAAGUAGUAACAGACUUCUAGGAAAUACUGUAAUAUGUGAUUUUAAAGGUUUUUUGACACAAGUGUUUAUGGCAGGGACGGCAUUUGAUGUUGAAAUAAAUCCAAGGCUGCGGUGGAUAUGGGCUGAAAUGGCUUGCCCUUUUAAGUGCAAUAUUUAAUUUCAACAUCAUAUUCAUACCUUUUCUUUACUUCUUUUUUAUACUUUUGUACUUCUAAGCCAGUUAAAUUGAGAAAUUGGGCUAGAUAAAUGUAAAUAUAAAAUGUCUGAAGAUUUAUUACACAUUAUUUUCCUCAUAUGUAGCUUAAGGAAAUAGUUCUUUGUGUUCUUCUCACUUUGUCUAAGUUUGUGUUGAAAUGGUGAUCAGCUGAUCUGUCUGUGAUGGCAUGUUGAAUAAAGCUGAACGAAGUUAAGCACCUCUUUGCUUUAUUGCUAAACUAAAACAUGGAGUUUAAUUCAAGAAAACAAAUGAAGACCCAAAAUCAUUUUGGCGGUUUAGAUUUUCCUUGGACUGCUUUCAACAAAAUGUUUCCUAGACUGUUGUUGCUCUUACUUGGCGAUAGGCUGUAUUUAAAAAUAAAAGUCCUUGCCGUG